AUUGUGAGAUUUAAAAUAAUACAUAUUUUAACGUCUUACAGGCGAUUAGGAAGGCCACCUUUCCAGCACAUAAGGUCUUUUUUUGAAACUUCGCGGCUUUGUGAAGCGGAGCGAACAAAUCUCAUUGAGUUCCUCGGUAUAUGUUCUGUCCCUGCAGAUUUUAGUAUUUGAAGCAUUUUGACUUCAGCUGAAGUACAUUAGUGAUAUUGUGAUGAAAAAAUCCAAGGUGGCAGUGACUGAAACAGAAGAAUGUGGCAUCUGGCUGGAUACAAGUCAACUGAAAGAAAAGAGAAAACGGGCUCCUGUUUUCCGGCCUAUUUCCAAAUUAUUGAACCCAUUAAGUAAAAGUGGAUAUAACAUCAAUGUGGCUAUAAACUUUACACAGACACGAGCACCAAUGCCAAAUACUAAGCAAACCACUAUCUCGUCCUUCCUAACAGCAGAAAGCUCAGGUAAAAAAAAUGAAGUGUAUUUGAAUUCGGAAAUUGACACAACAAAAUGUUCUGAGUUUGAGCACAAUGACACAAAAAGUAAAUCCUGUAUAAGAAUGAAGGACUAUAAAGGUGUUUCUGGGCAUAUUGAAAUGAACCAGGCAUCAGAUAUGAAGGAUGAUCACGGUGAAGCAAGGCUGUUUGAAAGCCACUCUUCAGAUGGACAUCUUUGCAGCAAAACUAAGGAUUGUGAAGCUUCUUUUACCAGUGACACUUUCUGUUCAAAAUAUAGCAGGGAAAAGUCUUAUUGUAUUACUGCACAUCAGGUGGAGACAGAACUGCAGGACAAAAAAUCUUUGAUCAGUUCUACAGAGUCUAAAAUGACUUUGAACCCUCCGUAUGGACACAAGAUAGAAAGUUGUUUGCCUCAGCCAUUUGCUUCUUCUUUGUCACCUUCCAACUUUAAAUUAAAUUCCCAGACACUUUUCACUCAGGAUUCCCAGGGCAACAGAGUUAUUGCACACAAGAAGAUUAAAGCUUCCAAUGAGUGUGUUAAUGAGAAUGUGAGAGAUGCUGAAUGUCUUAACAAGGUACCUUUGGGCAGAAGACUGACUUUCAGUCCCCUACACAUGUCAAAACUUUCAGACAGUUCAAUGCCGCAGCACACACAGUGUCUUGAAGGUAAUGAAAGUAUUCUGUUUGAGAAAGAGAAUUUUGAUUUUAAUUCAAUUCCCCGUUUCCACUCAACACAGAAACAAAGUAAUUUAAAAUCUGAAAUAUUUUCUAUUUGGAGUAAUGUCAGUUAUUUUAGUCGGGGAGCCAUCAUGCAAGACAGUGAUUUACAGAGACCAUCUAAAAGAGCUAGGUUACACGAGACCAGCAGCUUGACCCAGCAAAUGCUUUUUACACAAGACUCUGAAGGCAACAAAGUAAUCUCUCAUCGUAAUGACAGAGCCAGCCCAAGGAAAAGCCCAUUUAAAGACUGGACCAACCAAAGACGCAGUAGCCAAUCUUGCAGUUCAUCUAAAACCUCUACAUUUUUUCAUCCAUGCCUGGAGGAAGAUGGUCCAGAUUGUAUGCUGUUUACACAGGACUCUGAAGGAAACAUAGUGAUGAAACACUGCUAAUUAUAAAGCUUUUGGGAAAUUGUGCUUGUGAGUAGCUAUGGAAAAUAACCCAAGUUUAUUUCACAUUGUGAACCAAGCCCUUAAAUAGUUUAAUAUUAUCCCUUAAGCACAUUUUGUACAUAAAUUAAAAAUCAAUUUCAAACUAAAUUACUCAAAAUGGGUUACUUUUCUUCUACAUGCCCUAAUUAUCAAUAUAGUUUCAGUUUUCUGGUGAGUGCUUAUAAGUAAUCUCCUUGGAAAUCUGAAAUCGUAACUGCUGUGUAUCAGAGCCACUUUGAACACUUUUGUCCUAGAGGAAAUGUAGCUGUUUAGCAUUUCCUAAAACAAUGAAAAUGUUUUUUGCACUCAA